CCAUCAUUUGCUUCAGUUUUAUUACUGUAACAAUACUUUAACAGUUGCCUAGGCUUACCAGGUCCAUAGAAGAAGCUGUCCGCGUCUUUCUGCCCAAGCCGACAGCUUAAAACUAACAGCACUCGCCAUGUUGAGCGUUCCACCGAUACGGACUAGACACGAACAUGCAGAAAAGGCGCAAGUCAGCUACAAUUCUCCAAUGGCGGAGGAACUAGAUGCUUGGCAUCGAACCAAGGCGCUCCUAGACAGCACCUCCAGGCAACAGCAGCAAAUACUUGGAUACAAACAUCUUCCCGCGGAUAUGCUAAAGGACGAAUUAGCCGCCCUUUCGCUGCUGAGGUCGCUUCUGACGGAGCUCGAGGGCUGCAUCGUGGAGCACGACCAUCCUCCACCGUCCGUGAGCAAGCGAACGGCUCUUAUUAAAGUUGAAAAGGCUCGUCGGAAGGUGCUGAGUGCCGUCCGUGAGUGCGCCAGCCAUGUGACAGAAAGUCAGGGCUUGUUCGAGGAGGUCGCGCGCUUCAUUGAAUUACGCCCGGAUGAGGCGGUCUCGCCAAAGCAGUUGGGCAUCAAAUGGCAGCGGCAGGCAGCACCGAAGGAGGCCCUUACACGCAGGGACCAGGCGCCCGUUCGCACUCUGCGACCGACCGAUUCCCUGGCCGCCUCCAUCAUUGGCCUCAGCGCGAUCGCUGAGGGCCGAAUCGGCGACCGAGGCACGCCCACCUCGGACGCCGCCGGCCCCUUUGUCACCCUCGGUCCACGAACCCUGGUCCCCUCCGGGCAGCCUCGAUACCUCGAGCAGCAGCGCAGCAAGGUGCACAGCGGAACCGGCGCAGGAAAGCACCGACACAACAGCUUGACUGCGGCUGCGGGUGCUGCUGGAGGCGCUGAGGGCUCCGCAGCGGCGGCGGCGGUUCAGGGCAGCGGCGGCGCUGCGUCGGCACUGCAGCAGCUGCGGCUGCAGGGUGGGACGGAGCAGCGCAACCCUGGUGCUGGCGAGGGAGUGGAGGAUGACCUGAGUCCCGGGCUGUACCUGGACGUGGCCCAAUCCUCCGCCACCAGCACCAGCCUCUGCAACAUGGACUCGUGCGCAGCGCCGGGGGCCAGCGGGGCGGCAACGGCAGGUGCAUUCCAGGAGGACGAGGUAGAGGAGGGCGAUGAGGACGAAGACGAGGUUAACAGCGCCGAGGCCCGUUGCGGCGGCUACGAAGCCGGCAGCCCGAACCACCGAGUCAUGCUGCUCGGGGGGAGCUCCGCAGCACUACGAGGCUGCGGCGGCGCCUCAGCCUCCUCCGUCGCCAGCACCGCCGCCGCUGCUGCUGCGGCUGCGGCCGCUGCUGCUGCUCGCAACAGCGGUAACAGCAAUGGUAACCCCAUCAACACGGCGGCGGCGGCAACUGGGGUUGCUGCAAGGGGAAGCAGCGCUGACCUGGGUCAACAACAGCCUGGAUCAGCAGCCGGGGCCUUUGCAAGCUGCAACCAGGCGGAGCUGGACCCCAACGGACAACUAACUGCUCCGCACGCCCCGCAGCAACCUGGCUCUGCCUCUCGCUACGUUCCAACCUCAACUGCCGCUGCCAACGCCAUCACAAGGCCCCCUCCAGCCCAUUACCAGCUCCCCGAGCCGCCCACUACCAGUGGUGCCUCCGCGGCGCACCCAACACCCCAAUCUCACCACCACCACAACCAGCAACAGCAGCACUCCUAUUCUCCUCACCCUACCUCCGCCCAUGCCUCCGCUGCCUCGGCCCACGCCUACCUCUCCCACAGCGGCGGCGGAAGCCUGGGCUACCCGCAACCCGCAUCCGGCCCCAGCAGCCUCCGGGACUUCCCCACGGGCGGUUACGGAGCCGGCCCCUCCAGCUCCUCCCGCGGGGGCGCUGCAGGCGCCGAGACGGGCGG